AUGGCCGAUCACAACAAUAACCAACGCUAUCGCGACGAAUCGACGCCGCAGUCGAUACCGCUGCAAGACCUCAACCGGCCCCCUGACACCGACAACCCCGAAUCCCCGCAUCGCCGCACCCUCAGUGACCGUGGGAGGAGCUUGUUACGAGGCCGGGACUCGCGAAACGCCAGGUAUGCGCCGCUCAGUGAAUCCAGUCCCCCGCGGGAUGCUGGUCGACCGUCGCCACUCCACCUGUCAACACAAGGGCUAAAUAACAGUGGCCGUGGCCCCGCGUCCUCGCCGAUCAGCCCUGUGGGAGACGUGGGGGCGUUUCAGAACGCCAUUGGUUUCGCAGGUCUGUCGUUCGAAGGCGACUCGUCUCGCCGGGACCAACCUUCAGUCGUAUCGCCUGGAAAUCCUCGCAGCCCGCCCGUCUGGCUGCACCCCAGCGAUGGCACGCCGUACGAUAGCCGUAUAUCAGAAGAUGAGAGCACCGGUUACUUUAAGUCUGCGGACCCGGACGCGGCACCUAGCAGCAGCACUCGCCAUCUUACACCUGCCUCGCCCGGCGCAGAACCCAGGACCCCUGUGGAGCAAACCGGCCGUUCUAGCUUCCAGAGCGUACAAUUUCUGACUCCAGAGCGAGCUUCGGCUUCUCCGGGAAAAAUGCGACUUGGAGAUGAUCUCAGUCAAGCCGAAGCCGGUCUUCGCUUGUCGACUCAGACUCUUGGACGGUCAGGUUCAGGCGGCCGCACAAGGUCGCUCUCUCCUUCAGCAAUAGAAUCUCCUCUCCGGCGGGCUGGAACUAUGAUGAGGAAUAUUUCUCAGCGUGUCGUCAACAUCAGUAACGAACCUGAGCUUAUUGAACGAGCCAUUCGCCGGAAGUCUUCACAGAAAAAGCAAGGAGAGCAACAGUUGGAGGAGGAUGAGUGGCCCUCUGCAGACGCGUACGGAAACGAUGGUCCGCCUCCGUCUCCGCGCUCCCCGCGCUCCCCGAUAUCACCUGGAUCGCCGCUGGAGAAGCUUCCGUCGCCUACGCACCGACGUAAUUUCAACUGGAAAUACCAAGCAAAUCCUUUGAGAGGCAAAUCUUUAGGGAUCUUUCCGCCGGACAGUCCCAUCAGGAUGAAGCUCUGCGAUGUUUUAACACACCCCGCUACCGAGCCAAUUCUCCUUCUUUGUAUCAUUAUGCAGACCAUUUUGCUCACCAUAGAUUCGGCUCGCAGCGUGUUUACACAUCCCCGGUCCAGUCACUGGGGUACUACCUGGAUAGACUAUUUCCUAUUGGCCCUUUUCGUAAUUUACACCAUCGAGGUUAUAAUACGCAUAAUUGUGUCGGGCUUUAUCAUCAACCCAGUUGAGUACAGUACGAUCAACCGUCAAAUCGGCGUGCGGCAAGCUAUGAUAGAGAAGGGCAAGAAGCUGUUCGCCGGGCCUCAACGCCAACCCUCGGUUAAGAGAACGGACACAACGCUUCCACCGGAACAGCCCGUGCUCUUUCGCUCUUUCACGACCUACCAAAUGGACGUCGAUGACCCCGCGAAUGCCCGGCAACAACAGAGAGUCCGACUCGCCCAUAGAGCAUUCCUGCGUCACUCUUUCAAUCGACUCGACUUUGUCGCCGUUGUCUCAUUUUGGAUCAGCUUCGUCAUUGGUGUGUUCGGUGUCGAGGAGCACAACCACGCCUACGUCUUUCGCAUGCUUAGUUGCUUGCGUAUUCUUCGUCUCCUGGGUCUCACUAGUGGUACAACGGUCAUUUUGCGAAGUUUGAAAAGAGCAGCGCCACUACUCGUCAACGUCGGUUUCCUCAUGGGGUUCUUCUGGUUAUUGUUUGCCAUUAUCGGAGUCCAGAGCUUCAAGUCCAGUCUCAGGCGAACGUGCGUCUGGAAAGAUCCAUCGGGUGAACAAGAAGACUACACUACCGAACAAUAUUGCGGAGGCUAUCUUACUAAAAAUGGGACCGCAAUGCCAUGGAUCAGUCUCAACGGGCUUGAAGGGUCGGACUAUCACAAAGGCUUUCUCUGUCCCUAUCCUGCGGAAUGCAUCGAAGGCGAAAACCAGUACAACGGCACCGUCAGCUAUGAUAACAUUUUCCAGUCCUUAGAGCUGGUCUUUGUUGUCAUGACCUCCAAUACGUUCUCCGAUCUCAUGUACAAUUUGUCGGACAGCGACUAUCUGGCCGCCUGUCUCUAUUUCGCCUUUGGAAUCGUCAUCUUGGCGUUGUGGCUGCUCAACUUGCUCAUCGCUGUGAUCACUUCGUCGUUCCAAGUCAUCAGAGACGAGAGCAAGACCAGUGCUUUCACGGCUCAAGAAGUCACGCAAGGUCCGGAUGAAAAGCAAGAAGAAGUCGCGCCUAAACGGCGCAAGCCCGCCAUGCUCCGGGUGUAUCUCAAAACCAGAGCCUUUUGGGUUCUACUCAUCGUUUUCGAUCUCAUUGUUCAAGCUCUACGAAGCCACGAGAUGAGUAAGGGACGCGAGAGCUUCAUCAAUAACACGGAAACCGUCGUGACGGGGUUCCUCCUCUUUGAGAUCAUCUGGCGCUUUGUCGCAGACUGGAGAUACUUUCAUCGCCGCCGGAGAAAUCUCCUGGAUCUCUUUCUCGCAGUCAUUACCACCAUCAUGCAGUUCCCCCCUGUUAAUAACAAGGAGCGUGUCUACGCCUGGAUGACCGUCUUCCAGAUCAUUCGUUUCUAUCGCGUGGUUCUGGCAGUCUCUUUGACACGCGAACUUAUCAUGACCGUCCUGGGCAACGUCUACGGUCUUCUUAACCUGAUCCUGUUCGUGUUCCUCCUAACAUUUUUGGCAGCUCUUUUUGCUGCUCAAAUCUUCCGUGGCGAGAUACCUGAAGAAGACGACGGCGAAUCAAUUCGAGUCACGUUUUCCUCUCUGUUCAACUCUUUUCUUGGGAUGUAUCAAUUACUCUCUAGCGAGAACUGGACGGAUGUCCUCUUCACCGUUCAGAAAUUCGAAGUCGGCUUUAACACCGCCUGGAUUGGAGCCGCUUUCUUGAUCAUCUGGUACAUCUUGGCCAACUUCAUCGUCUUGAACAUGUUCAUUGCUGUCAUUCAGGAGAACUUUGAUGUGUCAGAAGAUGAAAAGCGGCUUCAGCAGGUUAAAGCCUUCCUGCACCAGAAAGAGCUCGGAGGUUCUACGGCUGGCAAUCUUGCACUGUCGACCAUUUUCAAAGUUACCGCUGGGAGAAAAAGGGAUCCCCUUGACUAUGGCACUGCUGCUACCGAAAUGCUACUGAAGGAUGCUGUGGUCCGGGAUUUCCUUGAUGAGCCUGAACAACCCCUCCUCGCCGGGACAGACACUCACCACCACGACACACGACACAACGGUGCAACUGGCGUAGUGAAGGUGGGUGUUCUUACAAGGCUAUGGGAUCAUUUCGUCCGCAGAGUAUGGCACCGCGAACCGAAUCCUUUCUACUCUCGGCUUGAAUUCUCCAAGGCGUACGAAGAUUUGGACCCCCGGACGAUGGCACAGGAGGUCGUGUCAGCUACCGAGCGCAGGAAGAAGGCACAAAGAGAAUAUCUGCAAAAGCACCCUUCGUACAACGUCUCACUGUUCAUGUUCAAGCCACACAACCCCAUCAGGAGGAUUUGCCAACGCAUUGUUGGACCAGGGCGUGGUGACGACCGUAUUGAGGGUGUGACGCCUUCGAUUCCUAUCUGGUACGCAUUCUCAGCGUUCAUCUAUGCGGCGAUUGUUGCCAUGGUGCUUCUUGCUUGCAUCACCACUCCCGUCUACCAAAAGGAGUAUUUCGAGACACAUGGCUACAGCGUCUACAACUGGUUCGUGUACACGGAUUUGGGUUUCGCUAUCCUCUUCACAGUCGAAGCGCUCAUCAAAGUCAUCGCCGACGGUUUCUUCUGGACGCCGAAUGCGUACUUCCGAAGCUCCUGGGGCUUCAUCGACGGUAUCGUGUUGAUCACACUGUGGAUCAACAUUGCCACCCUUCUGCUCAACGAAGGAGACGUGUCGCGAGCUGUCGGUGCUUUCAAAGCUCUCAGAGCUCUCAGGUUGCUUAACGUCAGUGACAGUGCUCGGAAUACUUUCCAUCACGUCAUUGUUCGAGGCGGUUGGAAGGUCAUGUCGGCGGCUUUCGUCUCCCUGAGCUUCCUUAUCCCAUUUGCCAUCUACGGACUCAACCUCUUCAACGGCCGUAUGUACACGUGCAAUGAUGGAGAUUCGAAUAUUGUGAAUCUUGAUGAUUGCGUUGGAGAGUAUCUCAGCUCGCCAUUUAACUGGGACGUCUUAGCACCUCGUCAGGCCGCAAACCCCUACUACGACUUCGACAACUUUGGAAAUUCCCUCUUCAUCCUGUUCCAGAUUGUCUCCCAAGAAGGUUGGAUUGAUGUCAUGUAUUCCGCGCAGGCGAUCACCGGAGUGUUUCGGCAACCUGAGGAUUUUGCCUCUCAAGGAAAUGCGGUAUACUUCGUCGUCUUCAACUUGCUCGGUGCAGUCUUCGUGUUGACGCUGUUCGUGUCCGUCUUCAUGCGUAACUACACUGAACAGACUGGGGUUGCGUAUCUGACAACAGACCAACGCUCAUGGCUCGAAUUGCGCAAGCUCCUCAGGCAGAUCUCUCCCUCGAAGAGACCAUCGUCGACGAAGAAGCGAGAGACAUGGGAAGAAUGGUGCUAUCGCCGCGCGGUGAAGAAGACUGGUCGAUGGCAGAGAUUUAUCACCUUAAUCCUCAUCAUUCACCUGCUUCUUCUUUGCCUGGAAUACUACCCAGAACCAUGGCAGUGGGGACGCACCCGAGACUUCGUGUUCCUGGUUCUCACCCUCAUCUACAUCGCCAACAUCACUGUUCGAAUUGUCGGAUUGGGUUGGACACGAUUCCGUCGGAGCUCUUGGGAUAUCUACUCCCUGUUUGCUGUCUUUGGCACGUUCGCUACCACGAUUCUCCUCCUCACAAACUUCAACGAGCGUGUAUACGUCCAGCUGCACAAACUCUUCCUUGUCUCGAUCACACUUCUGCUCAUUCCCCGCAACAACCAACUUGACCAGCUCUUCAAGACCGCCGCCGCGUCGGUGGGCUCCAUUGCCAAUCUGCUCGCCACAUGGUUUGUGCUGUUCCUUGUUUUUGCCAUCGCCUUUACGCAGGCAUUUGGCCUGACCAGGUUUGGAUCGCAAGAAAGUGGCAACAUCAACUUCAGGACCGUUCCCAAGGCGCUCAUUCUCCUGUUCCGGAUGUCUAGUGGUGAAGGAUGGAACGAGGUGAUGGAAGAUUUUGCUUCCAUUCAGCCACCUUUCUGUACUGUGGCUGACGAGUUUUACGAUGGCGACUGCGGCAGUGCUGAAUGGGCUCGCACUCUCUUCAUCCUCUGGAACGUGCUCAGCAUGUACAUCUUCGUCAACCUGUUCGUCUCGCUCAUUUACGAAUCCUUCUCGUACGUGUAUCAGCGCAGUAGCGGCAUGUCCGUUAUUAGCCGAGAGGAGAUUCGUCGGUACAAGCAAGCUUGGGCAGAGUUCGACCCUCAUGGCACGGGAUUCAUUUCCAAGGAGAAGUUCCCGCGGCUACUUGGCGAACUCUCUGGUGUCUUCGAGAUGCGAAUCUACGACGGCGAUUUUACGGUCAGCCGGAUCAUCGAAGACUGCAGCAAGCCAACGGCCGACCAUGGCUUCUCGAUUGAUGGCAGGAAGCAGAAGCCCGAAAUCGACCUCGACAAACUCAAUGAUCGGCUGGCUUAUCUGCCCUGCGAGGAGAUCCGUAUGCGGAGAGCGCGGAUGAACAGAUUCUACGAGGAGAUGCUCAAUGGCGCAGACCCUGACAGAGGCAUCCACUUCACUUCUCUUCUCAUCACUCUUGCUCAUUACAAGGUCAUCAACGACAACAAGAGCUUGAGACUUGAGGAGUUCCUGCGUCGCAAGGCUCGACUCCAGCGCGUCGAAGAGUCGGUGCAGCGCAAGAUCGUCAUAGGCUUCUUCGACACGCUCUUCUGGGCACGCCGCUUCCGUCGCGCCCUGGAAGCCAAGCGCGCAGGCCGCAUGACAGCGGUGCCGCAGUUCGAGUUCACCAUGGCCGACGACGCCAGCCCAGCAGGCGGCCUGCGACCCGAAUCAAGCCUGCCAUCGCCCUCUCUCUCGCCGUACCAGCAGCCGCCAUCGGUGGGAAGCGACGGCGGCUACUUCGACAACUUCAACAACCGGCCGCAACCUCCGCCGCCGCUCGACACCGAGGGCGCGUUCCGCAGCCGCGCCAACAGCAUCCAGAAGACGCCCGUGCAGAGCCGCGCAAACAGCAUCCAGGCCAGCCCCAUCAUGAGUCCCACGCGCGGCGGCGCCCUGCAGAGCAUCCCGCUCAGCCCGACCCUCAGCCCCACGCACUCGCCGCACACCAGCCCCCACACCAGCCAUGCGCCCGUCGACCCGGCCGAGCUCAACUGGCAGCUUGCCAGCGCUCUCAACCUCAGCAGGCCGUCCAGCCCGUCGGCCGGCGGUCCUGCUGGCACUGGCCGCGAUAGCACAGGCACGGCGGCGGCUGGGCCGAGUGGCGUCAGUCGCUCUUCCACCGUGCCGGGAAGCGUUGGUCGCCAGAGCGCCAUGCCGGAGGGCGGCGGCGCCGGGCAUCGGAGCAGGCAGAACAGCGACGUCAGCGCCCAGGAUGUGCUGGAGGUGCUGGACAACAGCAUUUGGGGCGAGAGUAUCAGGAAGAGCUUUACGGUCAAGAGACCGGGGAGAUGA